UACAACAACCUGACGUGUCUCUGAUAAGAAAUAUCUCUGUGCAUUUGCCACGUUGUCCAACAGACGGCACAUUUGCAGGAUCUACUCCAAAACUGUUCCCUUCCUGAAAAGACCCAGCAGGGUACAUAUGAUCUGAGCCAUGUCUGGACUGAACGCAUCUCUUGGGUACUUCCUGGCUGUUGUGGUUUUUGCAGCCACAGCUCGGACACUUCUUCUAAAAUGGCCCAAGUUUAGCUUUAUGAUGGAAUUCGCCUCCUCCUUCAUGCUGGUGGCUUGUUGGCUGGAGUUGCAGACCAUAGUGGAGGUCGGCGAGUGGGCCGGAGGCCUGGGCAUGGACGUUACUCUGACCAUGCUGUUUGAUAUAUUGCUGCUAUCCCAGGGUAUAAUCUGUGGUGGGGCUUCAGGGAAUCCCACUGUAGUUGCUGCCAAGUUCUUACAGCUGGAGGCCACAACUCUUCCUACUCUGCUUGCUGUCCUCUGUCAGUUCUUCGGGGCUUUUGUAGCCCUUUAUGUUGCUGUAUAUUACUGGAACCUGGAGCUGACAGACAUGCACAUGAUUAAGAAUCUGAUGGCCAGAGAAUGCAGCACCUCCCUGAUGGUCUCUCUGCUUCAGGGUUUCUUCACAGAGUUUGUCUGUGCCCUCAGUUUUCACCUCAUCCAUCUAAACCUGCAACGCCGCUCUGCUCUGAUCCAGGUUCCUCUGGUUGCUGUGCUACUUACAUUUCUGUCUCAUUCAGCCAGAGGCUACACUUCAGCUUACAUAAACCCAUCACUGGCUUAUGGCCUCACCUUCCACUGUCCUGGAUUCACACUUGCCCAGUAUGCACUGGUUUACUGGCUGGGCCCUCUUACAGGAAUGGCCCUGGCUCUUCUCUUGUACAUGGGUCAUAUUCCAAGACUUUUUGCCAGGAACCUUUUCUAUUUGCAAAAAACGCGAUUUAAAGUUCCCAAAGGAGACAAAGGAGAAAAGAAGAAGAUGUGAAUCAAACUACCGACUGCCCUUUAGGCUAGGAAAUGAUCAAGAUGUUUACUUCAACUAAACAAGCAUGUACAAACAAUGUGGUACAUUUCAAAGAACCAAAACCAAAACGUAUUGAUAACUUUGAUUGAUGUCCGCCUUUCUAAACUGAAUUAAAACAAAAAAACUCAUCAAGCUACAGAUUGUUAAUAAAAUAAUUUAUAGGACAAAAUGCUAUAAAAAAUAAAAAUUAAUAAUAAAAUAAUUCUUAGAUUCACUUAGUAACAGGGCUGUGAAGAAGUCUCCCAAAAAUAUCAAUAAAGUAAUUGGUGUAAAACA